UGUGAGAGAGAGAGAGAGAGAGAACACACACUUGCAUGUACAUGUGCACCUCCACAACAGCUGACUGACUUCUCAGACACUGGAGGAACAUCAGACAGACAGAGAUGGGAGAGAAGUGAGGGAUACUAAAGGAGGGCAGAACAAGCCAAAGAACAGAAGAAAACAGCCUUGGAGUGACAGCCAGCUGCGACCAUGGCGGACCCUCCAACAGGCCCACCUGAGGAUAUCAACAAAAUCAGCUUCUGGAUGCCAGGAAAUUACAUCCGGACAGUACAGAGAACAUCAGAGUCGUACCAGGCUUGUAAAGACAUCAUAGCAUGUAUGAAGGACCGGGCUCAUGUGGAGCGACAGUACGCCCGUCAGCUGACCGAAUGGAGCAACAAGUGGAAAUCAAUCACCGAGACUCGGCCGCUGUACGGGUCCCUCUUGCAGGCCUGGCAGUGCUUUUUCUCGUCCACUGAGCGUCUGUCUGCCCUUCACACAUCAAUCUCCCAGUCUCUGGUUUCUGAAGAUGCAGAAUGCAUUCGCUCGUGGCAAAAGGAGACGUUCCCAAGGAAAAUGUUCUGCGGAUUCAGAGAGUCACAUGACCUUGGGACGGCUUUCUCACGUGCUCAGAAGCCCUGGGAGAAACGAUUAAAGAAGCUGGAAAAGGCUCGUGUGGCGUAUCAUAAGUCAUGUCAGAGAGAGCAGAGCGCUCAGGAAAAAGAGACUCAAGCCAAAAACAACGCCAACUUGAGCGAGAGCAAACUGUCCAAGAUCCAGCAGGCCAGAGAGAAAGCCACACAGGAGCGCAGCAAGGCACGUGAUCGUUAUGAGAAGGUUCUCGAGGACGUUACUGGCUUCGCACCGCGAUACAUGGAGGAAAUGGAGUCUGUGUUCGACCAAUCACAGGCGGAGGAGAGGAAGAGGAUCAGCUUCCUGAAGCAGGCCUUCCUGUCCAUUCACAAACACCUCGACAUUACCAACAACGAGAGUAUAAAAGCAGUGUACAGUGAGCUACAUCACAUGCUCAUGUCCAUCAGUGAACCGGAUGAUCUCCGCUGGUGGAAGAACAACCAUGGGCCGGGCAUGCCGACAGACUGGCCCAAACUAGAGGAAUGGAACCCGCCGAUUAAAAAGCAGAAGCCAGGAAAGAAACCAAAAACACACAGAGGAACUGAGGAGAAAGCGGUCAUGAUCGGAGGAGUGCGGGUUCGAGCGCUGUACAACUACACCGGAGAGGAAUCUGAUGAACUGUCAUUCAAAGCAGGUGAAGAGUUCCUCAAGGUGGAGGAAGAGGACGAUCAGGGCUGGUGCUGGGGCGUGAAGGAGGGCGGAGUCGAGGGAUUUUAUCCGACCAAUUACGUGCUGCCUGUCAAAUGAUGUCAUGAUUCAUCACUGAGGCACAACCAUGCUUAUUUACAGUUAUGGAAAACUUACGGUGGCCAUUAAGAACGAUAUAAAUGUGAAUGUCAUCACAUUAGAAAUUGCCAAGAGCUUUUCUCAGAACUAACUUUUUCAACAAUAUCUAUUGUUUUAUCAUUUAAAAUCGACUUUUUGUGAUUUUUUUUUUUUUUCGCUUGAAAAGUCUGUUUGUGUUACAUUUCUGUACAUUUAAGUGUUACUUAGUUUGAUAUUUUAUCUAAUGCAGUGACAUUCAGACAUUUUUAACUGUCCAAAUACUUUCAGUUUGCCGUAUCUUUGGUAAAUAAUUUACUUUUGUGUUCCUUGGAAAACAACUACAAGACGUGUUUCUACAGACCAAAAUGAAAAUAAAACAUGAAUUCUCUUUCAUGAAUGAAAACUAGUAAUAUAGGAUGUCAUUCAUUUUAAUUAACACGUUUUUUUUUUCUCCUAUGCUUUUGGAAAACCUCCAAGUGAGCCAGAGACCAGCAAAUGAUUCAAGCAGAGUCAAGAAACGUCCUCUUUGUAAUUUAUAUAUUGCUUAAUGAGGGGUUGUACAAAACCAGUAGGAGCUUGUUAAAAAGAUUACGGGGCACUGGAGAAACAGCCUCCAUUAUCAUCAGAGCCAAAUCUAUAUUAUAUUUCACCUACAGGAAUCAGCACCUGAUCAAGUGGACUGAAUGAAACUUUAAAUAAUAUUUAAACACGCUACUCUGCAACAUCCAGGACUGAACCAGCAAAGGAGGAA